CCACCACCUCCUCCUCCUCCUCUUCCUCUUCUUCCUCCCCCUCCCCCACCUCUCUUUUACUGUCAGGAAGUAUCUGUAUCUAAACAGACAGGCUUGGCAACUGCUCAGAUAAACCAGGCACAGCGUCCCUACCUGAUGGAUAGGUUUAUAUGGUUUAAGCUGCUGACAUUUAUCAAAUUACGCUGACACCUUCCACAUCACCAUCCCGCUCCACAAACACACGCAGACUUCUUAAGGAAGCCUUUUAAUAUUUGCUUUUCUUAGGUAUCAUCACUUUUAAAGGUGUGCCCCUUUUUUGUUGUUGUUGUUAAAUACGUACUGUCCACCACAUAAGCAGGCCUUAACCACACUUGCUUUCUUAUGCUUAUGUAAAAUGAAGUAAAGACACAUCAUACCAUUCCAAUACCUCAGGUAGCCAUUAUCUGAACAUUACAUUCUCGAGGCAAAUUAUAUUCUCAGUCUUUCCAGAGUUGUUUGAAUAAAUGUUUAGCUCUUUACUGGGAGGAUUCUUCAGGGCUCUGUGUGCUGGCCUCCUCUGCUCGCAUGUCUGUUGGCCUCCUCUGCUCACAUGUGUGCUGGCCUCCUCUGCUCGCAUGUGUGCUGGCCUCCUCUGCUCACAUGUGUGCUGGCCUCCUCUGCUCACAUGUGUGCUGGCCUCCUCUGCUCAUUUGUGUGCUGGCCUCCUCUGCUCGCAUGUGUGUUGGCCUCCUCUGCUCACAUGUGUGCUGGCCUCCUCUGCUCACAUGUGUGUUAGCCUCCUCUGCUCACAUGUGUGCUGGCCUCCUCUGCUCACAUGUGUGCUGGCCUCCUCUGCUCGCAUGUGUGCUGGCCUCCUCUGCUCACAUGUGUGUUGUCCUCCUCUGCUCAUUUGUGUGCUGGCCUCCUCUGCUCACAUGUGUGCUGGCCUCCUCUGCUCACAUGUGUGCUGGCCUCCUCUACUCACAUGUGUGUUGUCCUCCUCUGCUCACAUGUGUGCUGGCCUCCUCUGCUCACAUGUGUGUUGUCCUCCUCUGCUCACAUGUGUGCUGGCCUCCUCUGCUCACAUGUGUGCUGGCCUCCUCUGCUCACAUGUGUGUUGGCCUCCUCUGCUCACAUGUGUGCUGGCCUCCUCUGCUCACAUGUGUGUUGGCCUCCUCUGCUCACAUGUGUGCUGGCCUCCUCUGCUCACAUGUGUGCUGGCCUCCUCUGCUCGCAUGUGUGUUGGCCUCCUCUGCUCAUUUGUGUGUUGGCCUCCUCUGCUCACAUGUGUGCUGGCCUCCUCUGCUCGCAUGUGUGCUGGCCUCCUCUGCUCACACGUGUGCUGGCCUCGGCUCGCACUCUUAUGGAAUUUACUCUUCUCAUUGCUCUCAGUGAAGAAGACUAGAGGUUGGUGGCUACCUGCAGGGAAACUAUACCUGAGGCUUCCUUAGAAAGAGUGGGUCCCAAACAGACACCGGCUAAGCUCGAAAUGGAAGGGUUAUCAGCUCUGUGAUAGGCUUCCAGGAGCUUCCUCUGGCCAUGAAGAUUAGAGAAGGCUCUGUCCAGGAGAUGGCUUUGAGACCACAGGUAGAAUUGGUGAGCUUUUGAUGGGGACAUGACAGGGGCAGAAAUGGGACUAGGGUUUUAUAUAAGAAGUCAUGAACUUGAAUAGAGACAGGAGUGGAAGAUGUAAGGAACACAGUAGAAGUAGGUUCAGGAUGAACGGGGAGGGGGACAAUCAGGAAGAAGGCGAGGACUGGUUUGACUCAGGGUUCCUUAGGUACCACAGACAAAGGCCCCUGGCCUAGCUGUCCUUGUUUAGUCUCAGACUGUUAAUGAUUGUUGCACCAUAUCCACUGUGUAGCUCUCUUGCUGGAAAGUUACUGCUAAGAAGUACAAUGUUGCCCAGAAUCAAGGUCAAGCAGCUGUUAUCAGUGGUGGUCAGUGUGUAUCCUUUCCACUGAAGCAAUUAGGAACCCAGUAUACCUUUCUAUCAUGGGCAAUAGAUGGGGAUGGGUAUAAACAAAGAGACUUGCACAUCUCAGUGGAAGGAGAACCAUGAAAGGAGGAGGAAAGGAAAGGAAACCAUGCUGAGAGCUCGGCUUUAGCUCUGAGAUGUGUGAACUGUCUUUCAGAGCAUCCAGAAUCAUGUUGAUUAAGAUGGGCAUGAUCAGAGGCCCACUUCCCAGCGGCUCCCAUGUAUCGUGUCGCCACAUAACUAGGACAGGAGAGGGCCAACCUGCAGGUCCCGGCUUUUCUUCACAAUGCUUCUCUGGGUCCAACCCUGCCUUCCUGCUAAACAGUAUCAAGACCCAUUGUUACUCCAGACGUCAUUUGCAGGUCAAGAUAGGUGGAGGCACUUGUCUGUGUAGUAAUUCUACUUGAUAGUCUGUAGUAUCAGGGUAUAAAAAUACAUGCCUUUAAAAAUAAGGGUCUGUGGGCUGGAGACAUGCUCUGUGAGGAAAUAGCUUGCUUUUCAGACAUGAGGGCCAGAGUUCUCAUCUCUGAAACCCACACAGAGCUGGGUUGUGAAGGAUGCAUCUAUGAUGCCAACAGUCCUAACGUUAGAUGGUGAGAGAGUAAUAGUCACUGAUUUAAAAAAAUGAACCAAACAAAAAUACAGCUUUUUUUUUCUUCUUCUCAUUUUCACCUCUUUUGAUCUGGCUUGAGAAUCUCUCUGAUGUAGACUUGUCACACGGUCUCUCAACUGGUCAGAGAGGAUGUCUCUCCCAUCAACCUGUCAAUGGCACUCUUCAUACGAUCAGGAGAGUGAUGCUGCUAAAAUGUAAAUCUGGACACUAUUUCACUCCCGUUUUACAACCCUCUGCUGACGGCUGGUGGCACACAUCCAAAUCGCUUCACAGAGCACAGGAGGCCUCCAUGGUUCCAUCCUCAAGUCUCUCCUGCCUUAUGUCUGAUACGCCACAGUUCCUCCACUCAGCUCCAAAUACAGUGACCAGGGACAGACCACCUCACUUCUGUCUGCUUGCUUCUGUGUUCUUUCUGCUUGAUAAAUGAUUUUGUGGCCUUCAAGACAUAGAGGAGGUGACCCCUUACACACCCAACAUGGUGAUGCUGCACCAGCCCUCUUUCCGGGAUGGCAAACUGCUCUUUUCUUGUGUCAUUUGUCCUCAGAGAUUCAGUUUUGGACUGGUCUCUUGGGGUGCCAGCUAAACAUUAGUUGUGAGCAGAAAUAGUUCUGGUUUCUACCCUGUCAGUUGCUAAUACUCUUUCAACAGAACUGGCUAUUAAUCAAAUAUCCUUACAGCUACAGGUGGAAUUACCACCCUGAUACACUAUGAGGAAGUGGAAAAGGCCCAACCUAGAAGAACUGAACUGAUAUGGGAAGACAACGGAAACUUUGACUAACAAAAAUGUGCUUGUGUUGAGAUGUGGAAGUUGACCUAUGAACCUGAGGGAAAUGGGCUGCACAUAAAGGGAAUGGAGAAACCCCAUGGGAAUUUAAGUCAAUCAUGGUCAGAUAAGAUUGGCUGGUCAGGAGCCUCAGCACCCAUCAUCUGCCUGCCUCAGCUUCCCUCGUGUCAGGGUUACAAGUGCAGCCACGGUGCCUGGUUCUUAAAGGGAUGUUCUGGAGCUGAAACACACGUCUUCAUGCUUGCUUGGCCAGCACUUACCAGUUAUGCUUUCACCCCAGCCUGCAUCAAGCAUUCUUCGAGUGUCAAUUCUCUGGUCAGGAAGUUGAAGCUUUCUGAGGUUGGUUCACCCAGGCUUAUUCUUCAGAUCCCAUAUGCUGUAACCAAAUUCUCUAACAACAGUUUCUUGCUAACUCCAUGACUACCACAAUUUUCUUGACUGGUGGAUAGAGAGAGAAAGAGAGGAGUGGCCCUCAGGAAUCUCAUCCUGCCUUUAAAAGUAGAAGGUGUCUGAGCAGCUCCAUUUUCAGUACCACGAUUGACUGAUUUUCUGCCCUUCAUCCACACCAUCUAAGUAAGAAGAGAAAACAUGCUAGACUUCAAAAACAUAUCUGAACAGAAUGAGUCUUAAAAUAUGAGGGGUGGUGGAGGGAACUGCAUUCCCCAUAACUUUCUAAGACUUGAUGUCACCUGCAUGUUAUUAUGCUAUAUUUCAAGUGGGCAUCACGUCUAGCCUUUGGAUGAGACCUUGCCUGCAAGUCCGGUAGGUACUGCAGAGCAUUCGCCCUAAACAUGUCAAGAACCUUAUGGGCUGUUAUUAGUUUGGUCUGAAUUAGUAGAAAAUUGUUAUACUCUAUCUGGGACUUUGCCAGUGUGAUGACAACCAGAGUUAGGAGCUGCCAGCAAUCACUAUUAACCACGGUGAUGGCUUUAUGGCUUUAUGCAU